GAACAGGAGAAGGCGGGCAGUCCAGAAGGGAGACUAAUCACCGGCUCUCAUAAGGAGGGGGCCAGUGAAGAGUGGAGCGGCUGUAUGCCUGACCACACAGCUGCUCUUUGUCCUUUUUCUGCUCUCUUUCUUUUACUCUCACACUAAGCUUUCUGCUUUUCAUCCCUCCAUUGACUCUCGAACACCAUGGAGCCCAACAGUCCUAAGAAGAUCCAGUUUGCCGUCCCGCUGUUUCAGAGCCAUUUGGACCCUCAGGCAGCGGAACAUAUACGCAAACGAAGGCCCACUCCAGCCACUCUUGUCAUCUAUAAUGACCCCAAUGCAUCAGAUGAUAAGCAGUCUGCAAGUAGUCAGUCAGAGACUCAACUGUCUCCGGCCCAGAGGAAGACCAGUGUGUACACACCACCCACAAUGAGAGGUAAAGAUCACUCCAACAAACAGAGGUCCAGUCAGGAGGAAAGCCCCCAUCUUCCCAAAGUUACUCAUUCCCAGCUGGACACGCUGUCCGAGGAGCCGACGGACAGAGAUGCAGUAGACCAUCCAAGCACCACAGGACUGAUGAAGAAAGGUGAAGCAGGAUUUACUUUGGCUUUGCAGGAGGAAGAGGAGACUUUCCCUGAUGAUCAAGACACACAGAAGGAGUAACAUGCUGCUAAUUUCUAAUAAUAUCUUUAUCAAAGUCUGAGUCUUACUGUUUAUUAACCAUCAGCUUUUUUCUUCUCGUCAUCUUUAAGCAUUUUAUACAUCUGUAAACACAUCUGUAUAGACAACAAUAUCAGAAUGAUGAGUCUAUACAGUAGCAGAAGGGGAUGUUUUUCUACAGCUUUUUCUACUUCUUCCUAAAACAUACAACCGCUUAUUAAACUUUCUAAACCGUUCAGCAGAUUUUCAUCAUGGUCUGUAGUUAGAUUUUUGACAUUUUUGCUCUUUUACAAUAUACAAAUUUUAAGAUGGACGAUUUUGGACAAAUUUUAGUUUCUUAAUGUUAACACUGUCCAGGGUUUAAGUUUCCAGAAAAGCAGAAGGUUUUGAACAAAACCCUUUAAUAAAGUAAAAACUCAGUGUUUCUAAAGCUGAAGGUGAAAACAGGUUGUUUUUAAAAUAGGGCAAUUCAUUGCAAAAACAUAACAUUCAUUCCAUGGAGUUUUAGAUUUCAAAGACUGUAUGCAUUAGAAAUAUCAUGAAUAAGAAUUAAAACUUUGUCGAUCUUCAUAUAGGUGAAGUUAUUUGUGAUAACUUGUCUGAUUUUGCUUGUCCUGUUAGAGUUAUACAACAGUUAUACAUUUUAUAUUUCUUUUACUUGAACUAAGAGACCCUAAUCUGUUCCAGCAUGACAAUGCCCCUGUGCACAAGGCUCCAGCUCCAUUAAGAUAAGGUUUGCAUGGGUUGCAGUGGUGAAACCGUAUUGGAACGCUGACUGCUCCCCAGGCUUUGUGGUUGAUUGAGCAGAAAUCUCCACAAGAACACUCCAAAUUUUAGUGGAAUAUCUUCCCAGAAUACUUGAGAGUUUAUAUAUAUUAUAACAGCAAAUAAAUUAAACUAAAUCUUAUAAUAAGAAUUAUAAAAUGUCCACAAACUUUUGUCCAUAUAAUGUACAGUAUUAUACAGUACAACUUUCCCUAUAAACGGUAUUUAACACACAAUAACAUUCUGAUUUACUAACUAAUAAAGUGCUGUCUGAUUUUUUAAUUACAGCAAUGAUCAUUAAAUGUAUGGGAAUAUUAUUUAUUAUUUAUUUUUCACCUCAGUGAACUAUUGAAACUGCUGCAGGAUGAAGUUUGCCCAUACCUCAUCUAGACUUUUAAUACAAAACAUAAAUCAAUUUCUUGCUAUUGACACUAAAGCUACAUUGACUAUUGACAGCUAUUGACUUCAUAAUAUUAAGUUCAUUAGAAGUUAUAAUUAACAUUUAUAAUAGUAAUUAUAUAUCAGCUCAGUCACUUCCAAUUUAAAAUCUGAGCAAAGCUUUCUUAAAAAUUUGGAAAAUUACUAAAAUUGUUUGAAAUUUUUAAAUUCUUAUUUUUAUGUUUAACAUGACUGUUGCUUUUAAUUAGUAAACUGAGGUCAAUUUAGUGAUGCAGAUUUGGUAAAACCAGGAUAUUAUGUCUAGAAUUUCAGCCAAUCAGAUUGAGUGGAACAAACUGUUGUAUAAACUGUUGAUAUGUUGAAUUUUUCUGGAUUGUGAAAUAAAUAUCAACAUUUUUCAGUGGUUGACAGAAAAGACAUUUUUUACUUACUGUUCUUGUUUUCUAUUGUAUGUAAAUCUGCAUUUUUUCGGAGUUUUUCCAUUUCGGGUAAACUUUGACUUUAUUCAAUUAUAAUGUGUUUUUGUUUAUAGUUUUCACUCCACCAAAUUUAAAAAACAGGCCAUUUUAAACUAUACUGAAGUAAAUAUAUAAAUAAUAAUAUGGAAUUCUGUGGCAAGAGUGAAAGCGUAACCCCAUAGUUCUGGUAAGAGUGUGUGUGAAGUGAAGGUUUUCUUACUGUGUGUCUGUAACUAUAGAAAUAACUAUAUAUGGUGUGUGUGUGUGUGUAUAUAUAUAUAUAUAUAUAUAUAUAUAUAUAUAUAUAUAUAUAUAUAUAUAUAUAUAUAUAUAUAUGCACUAAACAUUAUCCAUUAUGCACAGAGAAUUCUCAUAGAUCACAGCUUUCACUUUUAAGACUUAAGUCCUUUCAAACAUUAAAACGUUUAUAUUUUUUCUUAAAAGGAAAUGAAAAAGGUGGAGUUUUUGUGAAAUGUUUAGUAUUUUUUACUCAAGUACUGAGUACAACCUACAGAUUCAAAAAAUCUAUAAAUGGAAAACUUUUGUUCCAAAACUUUGUCUUGUUUUUUUAUCAACAUUACUUUUUUAGAAACAAUACUUCAUGUAUAAUAUUGGAAUUUCUACAAGAUAUGUAUACAACUGAAUACAAUCUUUUUCUUUUUUUAUAUAAAUUCUAAUUAAUAUGUACUCAGUGAGCGAGCAGAUUGUUGUUGUUUGUUUUACUUUAUGUUCUGCAUAUGUAUUAAACUUAUGCCCAGGCAUCAAAUUAA